UUCUUACUGUUUUCUCUCCAGACUGAGUGGCUGUAACCUCUCAGAGAGAAGCUCUGAAGCCCUGUCCUCGGUUCUUAGCUCCCAGUCAUCUAGUCUGAGAGAGUUGGACCUGAGUAACAACGACCUUCAGGAUUCAGGAGUGAAGCUGCUGUCUGCUGGACUGGAGAGUCCACACUGUAAACUGAAAACACUCAGGCUGUCAGGCUGUCUGAUCACAAUGGAAGGUUGUGCUUCUCUGGCCUCAGCUCUGAGCUCCAACCCCUCCCAUCUGAGAGAGUUGGACCUGAGCUACAAUCAUCCGGGAGACUCAGGAGUGAAGUUACUGUCUGCUGGACAGGAUCCACACUGGAGACUGGAAACUCUCAGGGUGGAGCCUGCUGGAGUCCGAUGGUUGAGACCAGGUCUGAGGAAGUAUUCCUGUGAACUCACACUUGACACAAACACAGUUAACAGAAGGAUUAAACUGUCUGACAACAACAGGAAGGCAAUAAAUAUGGAGAAAAAUCUGUCAUAUCCUGAUCAUCCUGACAGGUUUGACUGGUGUCCUCAGCUGCUGUGUACAAAUAGUCUGACUGGUCGCUGUUACUGGGAGGUGGAGAAGAGAGGAAGAGCUAAAAUAUCAGUGAGUUACAGAGGAAUCAGAAGGACAGGAGACAGAGAUGACUGUGUGUUUGGAAUGAAUGAUCAGUCCUGGAGUCUGGUCUGCUCUGAUGUUGGUUACUCUGUCUGGCACAAUAAGAGUGCAACAUCCCCUCCCUCCUCCUUCACAUCCUUCCCCCACUCCGCUUCCUCCCCUUCCUCCUCCUCCUCUGUCUCUGACAGAGUAGCAGUGUAUGUGGACUGUCCUGCUGGCACUCUGUCUUUCUACAGAGUCUCCUCUGACACACUGAUCCACCUCCACACCUUCAACACCACAUUCACUGAACCUCUUUAUCCUGGCUUUGGGUUCAGGUCCUGGAGCAGGUUGGAGUCCUCAGUGUCUCUGUGUUCCCUGUAGGAGGGAGAGUCUCCUCCUACUCGUUACAUAUGUAUAGUGAUGUUUGUUGAUCUGUCUGGAUAAUUAUCACAUUUAGUGCAACGACAGGCUAGUUUGCCUUAAGAUACUUAUGAGCUCCUAUUAUGUUGUAAUUCUUGUGACUGUAUGUUUAAAAUAUAUAUAUUGUGAUAUUUGUUCAUCUGUUUGGAUAAUUAGCGCAAUCUUUCCGUUUAUAUUAUAAUACUUUGUAUAAGAUGUUGAUUUUAUAGGUGUCAUGGAAAACAUGGAUUGUGCUGGUCACAUGACCUGCACAGGGUCUGCUUCGCACGCCUGUAAGUGUUUUUGUAAUUUCACUGUGAGCCUGAAGAAGCAAUUGGCGAAACGUGUUGCUCGCAAUAAAGGUAGUAAAGUCA